AUGGAUGGAUCAAUGCGUGGUAUUGCCUCGAGAAACCCAUUACGAAGACCAGUUUUACAUUCAAACCCUACCGAAUCUAAUGUUCUGAAUCGUUCUAGAAGAAACCAGCUCCUUAAGGACCAAAAUAGUAUUACUGCAUCCCAGGAUGACGAUGCGUUAAGACCCUCCAAAAGUUUGUCCAGUCCGAAUUUACAUAAACUUGGUCGCUCUGAGUUAUCUCAUGGUACAGGAAGUACGAUAAAGGAUAGACCAUUACCCCAGUAUGAGGCAGGUUUUUAUUUUCCUAGUCACAGCUCAAAUUCCCUUAACGAGGAACUAGAAGAUGAUGAAGUAGGACACAAUGAUGACGAUAAUAUCAAUGGGGGUAAUGGUAAUGAUGCCUAUAAUGAAAAGGUCAAAAGUCCUCGAAACAACAAAUAUAACAGUUUGCAAAGUGCAAUACUAGGUAGAAGAAGGAACCCUAAUUUAAUACAUUAUGAAAAUGACGAAUCGCUAUUAGUUGAUGUACUUCCAUCAUUCGACAUGUAUAACGUAUUACAUAGACAUAUUCCGCAAGGGAAUGUGGAUCCAGACAGACAUGAUUUUCCUCCAACUUAUCAGGAAGAGUCAACACAAUCUUUGGAACCUCCACCAGAGAUACAUAGUCAUGAUAAUCUUAUUCAAAACAAUCAUCAUCAUCUACCUAACCAACCUAUCGAUUCAAAUGUACAUCAAGAAUCCUUUGAUAUCCAUGAUUUACGUCCUUUGAAUACGUUACGUUAUAGUAUUUCGAAUAAUAUUCCAUUCGAGGACGAUUUAAAUGAUGCUGACAAUAUUGUCAUCGAUAAGGUUUACUCGUUACCAAAAUUAUCGACGCCCAUUGAGAUUGAAAUCCAUAUUACUAAGAACGCUCCAAAACCGGAUAUUAAAGUACCGGAUGAAUCUAUACUAAAGGAAUAUACUUCUGGUGAUAUCAUUCAUGGGUAUUGUACCAUCCAUAACAGAUCUGCUAACAGAUUAAAAUUUGAAAUGUUUUAUGUUACAUUAGAAGGUUACAUUUCGAUUAUUGAUAGACAAAAAGGUAAAAGGACAGUUAAAAGAUUUCUCAGAAUGGUGGAUUUAAGUGCAUCGUGGUCAUAUACAAAUAUCGAUUUAAGUUCAGGGAUAGACAUUAAAGUUGGAGAAAGAGAUAAAGAAGAUGGUGCUAUUAUAGGCUUGAAUAACAGUAGAAUUCUAGAACCAAAUAUGAAAUAUAAAAAAAUAUUUAUGUUCAAACUCCCCACACAGUUAUUAGAUGUAUCAUGUAAGCAUGAACAAUAUUCACAUUGCUUAUUACCUCCAAGUUUUGGUAUUGACAAAUUCAAGGACCGUGGAAAAUAUGCAGGCAUUAGAAUAAAUAACGUCCUUGGAUGUGGACAUUUAGGCAGCAAAGGUUCACCUAUAUUGACAAGAGAUCUUUCAGAUGAUGAUAUAUCCAUAAAUUAUACUAUUGAUGCAAGAAUUGUAGGUAAGGAUCCUAAAUCUCACAAAUUGAACAUAAUGAAAGAACGCGAAUAUAACCUAAGAGUAAUGCCAUUUGAGUUCGGUUCAUCCUUGAAGACAGAAAGUAAAGCCUCCAAGAAACAAUUGAAGGAUUUAGAAAGAUUAAUUCAGGAUAGAUUGAGAGCAUUAGAAAAGAUCAAGGAAAGAGUUACCAAAAAUGAACAGAUUUUGAAUUCUGAUAUACAUAUGGAUGUAUUGAGUGGGACAUUUGAUAACAACGAUGAAUUAGAUUCCCAAGGUAUAUUAGCAAGGAAAUUAGAUCAGCUCCAUAUUAACAAUAGACUGGAUGACGCUAGAAAUAUUCAUGAACUAUCUGAUUUUAAGAGUCUUGCGCCAUCGAAGAAUUCUGUUGAGACUGAACUAAGUUAUAAAUACAAAUCAAAGAGUAAAUCGAGGAACAAAAGCAAAGGUAAACUCUCGACUAAAUCCUCUGGGUUCUUUUCUGGAUUUAUGACUUCUGCAUCAUCAUCGUUAUCAUUAACUGGAAUAAGCUCUCCUUCAGCAGAUUCUAAAAAUUCCUUAACACCAACUAAAUCAGGUGGACACAUCUUAACGAAUACCUCAGCAGAUCAAAUUGAUGCAAUUAAGUCACCUGAACAACCUCAAUCACCACAAUUAAGACCUUCAACAACUGCCUUAUCUGCACCAUCCUCAAAACACGAGAAAUCUGGUUUGCUCGUGAUAUCUGCAAAUAUUCCUGUACGUAGUAUACCAUAUUGGUCUCCAUCUAUAAUUCGAAAGGCUAACAAGAUGGAGAAUAAGAAUCGACAUGAUCAAGAAAAUUGGUCUCGUUUAACCCAAUUAGUGUCUGAGAAUGAACGUGAUAUACUAAGAUCUCUCCCAAUCAGGAUUACAUGUAUCGAAUCUAAUAACAGUAUCCCUCAUGAUCCACCACCGAUUCAAUCUAUUACUACUCAGUUGGUUGUUAUUACUGGAAAAUCUGAUUUUUCUAUUCCAAUCAAAUUAAGUGUCGAUAUGCUUUCUGAUACGAACCGGUUAACAAAUAUGAAGAAAAUGUUUGGCUCCUAUCGUGAACAAGUGAGCCGUUACCAGACUUGGUUUCAAGAACAAAGAGACAAGAUAAAUGAAUUGUACAAUAUGGGAACAUCGAUUGGGAACUUCAAGACUUUACAUUUCAAAGAUUUUGUGUCUGAUCAAAUUAAAUCAGACAUUGAAAGUCUCAGUAAUAUUGAAGUAAGAUGUGAUAUAUUAAACGAAAUAUUCAAGAAACAGCCUUCAUCUACAACUCAAGUGUCUCAUAGUCCCUUACGCAACGUAGAAAGGACAUCCUCACCAAUACGACAUGAAAUGCCUGAUUCACCUAAGCCACAAGGGUCCACACCUAAUGCGACAGAUCCAUCUAAUGCGACUGGCAAAGGUUGGUCUCAAGUUAGUAUGCAAGAAUAUGAAAGAUAUGUGACGGCAGAUGUAGAGAUGACUCGAGAUAUUGGAGAGACAUUAAUUCCAAGUUUCGAAAGUUGUCUAUGUUGUCGAUUCUAUGCGAUCCGUCUGAAUAUUAAAUUUGAUAGUCAUAUUGGGUGUGCACGUCUUGAUAUUCCAAUCAAUGUUAAGAAGAUGAAUAUAUGA